AGGGAGGAGCGAGCGCGGGAGCGAGCGAGCUUGCGUCGUAUUCGUCGUCGUCGUCGUCUCCGGAGAGGAGCUACACGGCGGCAAGAUGGCGGAUCGCUUCUCCCGCUUCAACGAGGACCGCGACUUCCAGGGUAAUCACUUUGAUCAGUAUGAAGAAGGACACUUGGAGAUUGAACAAGCAUCACUAGACAAACCUAUAGAAUCGGAUAAUAUUGGACACCGCUUACUCCAGAAACAUGGGUGGAAGCUGGGCCAGGGAUUGGGGAAAUCUCUUCAGGGGAGAACAGAUCCCAUUCCUAUCGUUGUCAAGUAUGAUGUCAUGGGUAUGGGUCGAAUGGAGAUGGAGCUUGAUUAUGCUGAAGAUGCUACCGAACGGAGGCGUGUCCUAGAAGUAGAAAAGGAAGACACAGAAGAGCUGAGGCAGAAGUACAAGGAUUAUGUUGAUAAAGAAAAGGCCAUUGCCAAAGCCCUAGAAGAUCUUCGAGCUAAUUUUUACUGUGAACUCUGUGACAAGCAAUAUCAGAAACACCAGGAGUUCGACAACCACAUCAACUCCUAUGAUCAUGCACACAAACAGAGGUUGAAAGAUCUCAAGCAGAGAGAGUUUGCUCGUAAUGUCUCCUCAAGAUCAAGGAAAGAUGAGAAGAAGCAGGAGAAAGCUCUUCGACGGCUGCAUGAAUUGGCAGAGCAGAGAAAGCAAGCUGAAUGUGCUCUUGGAAGUGGCCCUAUGUUCAGACCAACCACAGUUGCUGUAGAUGAAGAAGGAGAAGAUGACAAGGAUGAGUCAACUGCCAGUAGUGGCAUGGGAGCGUCUGCUUCGUCUGGCCUGAGCACCGAAUUCACCACAGACAAAGGAGGCCCAUUCACUUCAGUACAACCUAGUGGCACUGCUAGUCUGGGACAAGCGCCUGUUUUGGCACCCCAGGCUAUCAGCUUUGGCAUCAAGAAUAAUUUGGGAACUCCCUUGCAAAAGUUAGGGGUCUCGUUUUCUUUUGCCAAGAAAACCCCUGUCAAACUCGAAUCAAUAGCAUCUGUCUUCAAGGACCAUGCUGAGGAAGGUAGCUCUGAAGACAGCACAAAAGCUGAUGAGAAGGGCUCUGACCCAGGAACAUUACAAAAAGUGGGAGACUCUGAUGGCAGUAGUAAUCCUGAAGGCAAAAAGGAAGAUGAAGAUGCACAUGAAAAAGAUGGUGGGUCACUUGCCUCAACACUAUCCAAGCUUAAAAAAAUGAGACGAGAAGAUGGCGCUGGAGCCACAGAGCCAGAAUAUUACCACUACAUCCCCCCAGCUCAUUGCAAAGUGAAGCCCAACUUUCCCUUCCUUCUCUUCAUGCGAGCCAGUGAACAAAUGGAAGCAGAUCAUAGCACACACCCAAAGAGUACCCCUGAAAGCAAAAAAAAUAGUUCUCCCAAGCUUAAGAGCUGCAGCAAGCCAGCAUUGAGCCAAGUUGCAGAAAAGGUGGUGAUUGAAAACCCCAUGCAACAGAAGGAGACAAAUGUGACUGAAUCUGCAGAACUUAGAGGCAAGGCUGAAGCAAAGGAGGGCCAAAUAGAUGUAGGUGAACAGAGUGGAGACAGUCAGCAGCUCACAGAAACUCAAAUCCUUGAAUCUAGCCCUUUUAAAGAAGCUACCCAGACUACCCCAGCAAGGAAAGAGGGCCCAGAGGGACCUAAACAUCCUACUGGCCCUUUCUUCCCAGUUUUGAGCAAAGAUGAAAGCACUGCCCUCCAGUGGCCAUCAGAACUGUUAAUUUUUACCAAGACAACACCUUCCAUUUCAUACAGCUGUAACCCUCUGUACUUUGAUUUUAAAUUGUCAAGGAAUAAAGAUACCAGAGCAAAAGGGAUAGAAAAACCAAAGGAUGCAGGAGGCCCCUUGAAGGAACAUUUCCAGAGUUCUGAUCCUGGAGAUGUAAAUAAGAACAAAGAAGGGGGGAAUACAGGUCAUAGUUCAGGAGAGAAAACAGAUGCUGUGCCCUCAGGGUCAGCGUGUAGCAGCCUUCGUAGGCAGGAACCUGGGGAGAGCCGUGGGGAAGAUGUGGAGGACAAAGGCAAGAACCUCCCCAGCAGGAAAGAGCGAGCUGCCAAGUCUCACCGACAGAAGAAGAAGAAGAAGCACAAAAAGUCCAGCAAACAUAAGCGAAAACACAAAGAUGAUACAGAAGACAAGGGCUCUAAAACCGAGUCUGGGGAGAAGUCCAAGAAGCGCAAGAAGCGAAAAAGGAAGAAAAAUAAAUCAUCAGCCCCUGCAGACUCAGAGCGGGGACCUAAACCUGAGCCCCCAGGGAGUGGCAGCCCUGCGCCCCCCAGGAGGCGGCGGCGGACGCAGGAAGAUUCCCAGAGGAGAGUACUUCCAGCUGAUGAGGGGAAUAGUGGCAAGAAGGAGGAGGGGGGUGGUGGCAGCAGCAGUGCCCAGGACCAUGGUGGCAAAAAACACCGAGCUGACCCUCCUCCAUCUGCCUGCCAGCGAAGAGCAGGCACUAAACGAAGAAGCAGCCAGCCCAGCAGUGGAGAUGAAGAGAGUGAUGCAGCUUCAUCACGCAGGCAGCACCAGAAAUCACCAUCUCAGGACAGUGAGGACGAUGAUGAAGACUCUGGCAGUGAACACUCCCGGAGUUGUUCCCGGUCUGGCCGGCGCCAUUCUUCUCGCCGCUCAUCCCGGCGGUCCUAUUCGAGCAGCUCAGAUGCUUCUACAGACCAGAGCUGCUACAGCCGGCAGCGUAGUUACUCAGAUGACAGCUAUAGUGACUACAGUGACCGGUCACGAAGGCAUUCAAAGCGUUCCCAUGACUCAGAGGACGACUCGGAUUAUGCCAGUUCAAAACAUAGGUCCAAGCGGCACAAAUACUCAUCCUCAGAAGAUGACUACAGCCUCAGCUGUAGCCAGUCACGGAGCCGGUCACGGAGCCAUACCAGAGAGCGAUCGAGGUCCAGGAGCAGGGGUCGGAGUCGGAGCCGAAGCAGCAGCUGCAGUCGCAGCCGGAGCAAACGAAGAAGCCGGAGUACUACAGCCCACAGCUGGCAGAGGAGUCGGAGCUAUAGCCGGGACCGUAGCCGCAGCACCCGAAGCCCCUCCCAGAGAUCAGAUUCCAGAAAGGGAUCAAGAGGUCAUGAGAGCCCUGAGGAGAGACGAUCGGGUCGCAGGGAUUUCAUCCGUUCUAAGAUCUAUCGCUCCCAGUCCCCACACUACUACCGGUCAGGUCGAGCUGAAGGGCCUGGAAAGAAAGAGGGGAGAGGGGAUGACAGUAAAGGGUCUGAGCCACCUUCCCAGAAUAGCACUGGCCCAGCAAGGGUGUCUGAUGGUGACUGCAGCCCAGAGGAUAAGAAUUCAGUCACUGCUAAGCUUUUAUUAGAGAAGAUUCAAUCAAGGAAGGUUGAGAGAAAACCAAGUCUAAGUGAAGAGGUACUAGUUAUCCCAAACAAGGUAGGGCUCAAAUUGAAGGAUCCCCCACAGGGUUACUUUGGUCCUAAGCUCCCACCCUCCCUUGGCAAUAAGUCAGUUCUCCCAUUGAUAGGGAAGCUCCCAGCCACUCGCAAACCAAACACCAAAAAAUGCGAAGAGUCUGGCUUGGAGCGGGGUGAUGAACAAGAACAAUCGGAGACAGAGGAGGGGCCCCUGGGCAUCAUUGAGGCCCCAUUUGGACACCAGUGCCCUUUGGAAGACACAGCAAGGCCCAUAUCAGACCCACUUCCUGAAGAGCCAAAGCCUGAAGAAGGCGCCACCGAACACUCCACAGCUCCUUUGACCACCCCAGCACUCCCUAACUGCUAUCCUGGGGAUCCCGCUAUACCCCACAGCUACCUCCCUGAGCCCAAUGAUGGGGAUGCCCUGGAGCGCCUGGACGGGGCCAGUCAGUCCAUGCCCAGUGAAUCCAGUGCCCUCACUUUAGUCCCAGACAUGGAGCACUUCCCCAGCUAUGCACCUCCAAGCAGAGAACCCAGCGUUGAGUCCCCCGAUGGAGCUGAUGAUGCUUCCCUGGCCCCUCUGGAGAGUCAGCCCAUCACUUUCACCCCAGAAGAGAUGGAGAAAUAUAGCAAGCUCCAGCAGGCAGCCCAACAGCAUAUCCAGCAGCAGCUCCUGGCCAAGCAAGUGAAGGCUUUCCCAGCCACAGCAGCACUGGCCCCUGCAACACCUGCUCUCCAGCCCAUCCACAUUCAGCAGCCUGCCACGGCCUCAGCCACUUCCAUCACCACAGUGCAGCAUGCCAUCUUGCAACACCAUGCUGCUGCCGCCGCUGCCGCCAUCGGCAUCCACCCUCAUCCCCAUCCCCAACCUCUUGCCCAGGUGCACCACAUUCCCCAGCCUCACCUCACCCCCAUCUCCUUGUCUCACCUCACUCACUCAAUUAUCCCUGGCCACCCUGCCACCUUUCUUGCCAGCCAUCCCAUCCACAUCAUUCCUGCUUCUGCCAUCCACCCAGGGCCUUUUACCUUUCACCCAGUCCCCCAUGCAGCUCUCUAUCCCACACUUCUAGCUCCACGACCUGCUGCAGCAGCUGCCACUGCUCUCCACCUCCACCCACUACUGCACCCCAUUUUCUCAGGUCAGGACCUGCAGCAUCCACCUAGCCAUGGUACAUGAGUGGAUGCAGAGGGGGAGGGACAAAUGGGGAAAGGAAGAGUGAUGACACCUGAACCUCUCGCAGAAAAGGGGGCUGAGCCAUUGGAACCAGUAAGUGGGAGUUGGGGUGGGGAGUUUUAUUUUGACAGCCAAAGAAAUGAGUUUUGGCUUACAGGACUGGUUUGGGAUAUGAGGUUUGCUUUGGGCUUAAUAUCAGGGAUUGUUUCUUUCCUUCUCAUUUCCCGUCUCCCCACCCCCUACCACUUUGUGUUUUCAACACAGAGAACAUCUCCAAGUGUUGUCCCACUUCCUUUGCAGUAGCAUCUCUCCACUGAAAACCUUGUUAAUCCCUCUCUGUCUCUCCCCCCGCCCCCUCCUCAUUUCCUUCCUGGUCUUUGCCCCUCUUCCCUCUCUUGUAAAUUUGCAACUAGCAUUUCCUCCUCUCUAGCCAGUGAGUUGUCACUAGAGCACUUGAAAAUAGGCCCAGCUGCUCCAUUCCCUGUCAGCAGUGCCAGGGGCAAGCUGAAUUUUCCCUAGUGGGCAGUGGUGACAUUUGAUUGAAAAGCGUCGUAAACUUGGGUUGGGUUCCUUGGCAAUUGAUCCCAUGGUGACCUGGCAUUGUCCCAGUUGUGAGGUGGGAAAGAGGUAUCUGACCUGGACACCAAACUGUAGUUAGAUCCGCUCCUCACCUAAACAGAGAAAAUCAUCUUCACUGCCCUUCACCCUAAAAGAAUCAUCUACACAGCCCAGAAAAGAAGAUUCUGUCAUGAAUUGGGUGUUGUGGAACAUGGAGUCCCCUGUUAUCCUUCCCCAGGGAGGAGCUUGAGUGUCUAAAGGGUAUUCUUUCUUCUGUCAUGUUGAUGUUUCCUUCUUAAUUUAUAGAAGUUUUUUUUUAAUGUAAAGAAUUGCACUGAACUCUGUAAACGUAAAUGCUGCUUUUUGUAGCUUAUAUUGAAAAAAGAAAAGAAAAAAGGUUCCAUAUUUGUAGUAUACUGCAAUAAUAUUUUUUACGGCCAACUCUAAGUGAUCCUUGUUCUGGUGGCUUUGUGUAAAUAUGUUUGCUGUAGUUUAAUUAAGACACUUUUAAAGGUUGCAAAAUGAGAACAAAAUAAAAUAAAAACAAAUUUGUUUUCUGCUAGAUGCAAAACGACUAAGCAUGUAUAUUUUAUCAAGCUCAUGUAUUUUUGAAGUUAUAUGUACUAUAAAAUGUAAAAAAAAAAAGGCAAAAGGGGAAAAUCAUUUAACGUUUUUUGUUUGUUUUUGUUUUUUGGGUUUUUUUGCUGAGAAGAAAUGUUGAGUAAUUACAGUAAAAUAUGCACUCAACACUGGGACUCCUAAGAGCUAAUGGGUGGCAGCCAGUGUGAGUUAUCAGAGGGACAGUCAUUUACAGGGAUGCUGCAUGAUAUGCUUAGCUGUCACGUUCCAAAGGGGCAGGCCCCUAAGGCAGCAGGCAUAGGGAAUUUGAAGAGCUAGGAAUUUCACUAUCUAUGUGAGAUAAAGUCCAGAGUAAAUUAUUUCAUUCAGCUUCUGCCACUCAUUAUUGACAUGACUGCAAUUCUCUUCCCAAAAGCCUUCCUGGUACUUCAGUCCCUCUGACUUUUAUUUUUCAAACUGUGCCUUUUGGGUUCUAAACUGAUGCAGAAAAAUUAGAAGAGGAAGAUCGGGAGGGGCCAGUUUUUCUUUCCUUUUUGAGAGGUGAGCAUAUUUCUGUAUUCUUUCUUUCACCUGAUUAACUAAAGGAGUUACUAGUUCUGCUCACAUAAAGUAAGAUCCUUUUCCUUUUAAAAACACUGACCAUAAACAUUUUUACCUCAGCACCCCUUCCCCACCUCUCACCUAGGCUUUUGCCUUAACAUAAUACACUGGCCUGAGCUGGUGCUGAGGCUUUAGCUCAUCUCACACUUUACUUUUAAUAGUGUUGGUGGCUCUUUCCCAACCCAAUCAACCUUCAUGACUAGUAUUGGUUAUAUGAACCAGGCAGGAUGGCUACUUGAAAGGGUAAGAAAAUUAGUGGUCUGGGCUAAGAGUGCCUCCUGCUUUUUUUCCAUCCCGUUCACCACUACUCUUCUCCCAUUCCCCUCUCCUCCACCUCCCAAAAAAGACAAAAGCAUUUUGAGUGCUAGGAACAAGUUCUAAGCAAACCCAGAGCUUUAAGACCUUACCGUGAUUUGUGCUCCUCAUUAAAAUAACAAACAUUGCUUUUAAAAUUGAUAGCACUGGAAAAAUGAAAAUCAUCUGUUUUAAGUGAAGGGACUUAUUUUUUCUUUAUUUUAAGUUGAUGUAAAUAUUUAAAUGAUAUGAAUGAUACAGUAUUAACAUUUUGAUGCUGCUCACCAUUAGCUUGUAGAUGGAGUCCAUGGAUUCUAGCAGCCUUGCUGCUUUUGUGGGGGCAGUUUUUCUUAAACUCCCAGAAUAGUGAUUUAAAAAAAGAAAAAAACUAUUCUACUUACAAGCAUAACAGACUGUAUUUAACUUUAUCACAUAAGAUAGAUAUAUUAUAUAUAUAUACAUAUAUAUAUGCUGUAAAAUGAGGGGAGAGAAAACUUUCUAAUAAACCAGUGAUUUGUGGAAACA